AUCGCCCUCUUGCGCUUGCAUCUCUCCGUCUCGCCUCGCCGUCCGGCUGUCCAUCCCUCCUCGGUAUCGCAAUGUCCCAUCUCAUCCGGUUCAUGUCGAGCAACAAGUUUGCUGUCGUGGGCGCAAGCCAGGACAGAGCCAAGUUUGGCAACAAGAUCCUUCAAUGGUAUAUCGACCAUAAGCUGGAGGUGGCCCCCAUCAACCCGAAAGCGCCUCAAAUCGAGAACAUCCCGACCUAUCCGUCGCUCGCGGCCUUGCCCAACCCCUCCGAGUACUCCGUCUCGGUCGUCACUCCGCCCAAGGUGACGGCCGAGGUCCUGCGCGAGGCCCAGCAGCUGGGCAUCAAGAACCUGUGGCUCCAGCCUGGCUCAGAAGACAUGACCAGUGUGAACGAGAUCCGAAGCCUCGACCCGAGCCUGAACAUCAUCGCCGGCGCUGGCGAAUGUGUCCUCGUCCUGGGAUCUGAUGCCCAACAGAAGGCGCAUUUGUAGUCGCUAAGAGAUGGCACGGUGGAUCAGUAAAGGAGGGAGUGUAGAAUGAAAUGGAGAGAGACUGGAGAGUGAAAUGGAGAGCAAGAUCAAACAAUAUAUCAUGGAUGUAAAAGCAAA